GACGGGAUUGUGCGGCCGCUUCGGCCUCCGGGCGAUCCGGACCCGGGCCCGGGCCUGGGCCUGGGCCUGGGCUCGGGCCCGGGAUGGAGGCCGAGCUAACUCGGUGAGGAGAAAGACAGGCUGUUAUUGUAAACCCCACUGGCGGCAGGAGGGCGUAAGGAAGGUGUAUUUCUAUAGCGCCCUUCGUCCGGCUAUUUCCACCCCCGUAGCCCAGACGAAGUACUUUCCAUGCGCGAUUGUUGUUGGAGGAGGAAACCACGGCGACCCCUUUUCUGCACAGCAAGAUUCCACGAAAGGCUGUAACGAUAAGUCGGGUCGGAAUGCAAGGCGCUAAGAGCUGGGUUAGAGUGGAGGGGGAAGGGGUUGAAGGACAGCAAAGGAUAAGAGUUGAGCUAAGUCACACUUGGAAACAAUGGGGAGUGAGAAAGGGAAUGAGUUCUGUUGUUACAAAAGUAUCAGCGCAGUCCAGGACAGACCGUAUACCCAGUGUCAUCACAGACCGAAUCUUGGGCAAAUGGAUGAUUGUUUGCAGUGGAAUGGUUGUGGGCGCUGUGGUCCUUGGCGGAGUAACCAGGCUGACCGAGUCUGGCUUAUCGAUGGUGGACUGGCACCUCAUCAAGGAGAUGAAACCCCCAAAGACUCAAGGGGAGUGGGAAGCUGAGUUUCAAAAGUACCAGCAGUUCCCAGAAUUUAAAAUAUUAAAUCAUGACAUGACUUUAAACGAGUUCAAGUUCAUCUGGUACAUGGAAUAUUCUCACCGGAUGUGGGGCCGUGCAGUGGGACUGGCCUAUAUACUGCCUGCCAUUUACUUUUGGAGGAAGGGCUGGUUCUCCAGGAGCUUGAAGCUGCGGGUGGCAGGCCUUUGUGGAUUCGUGUGCUUUCAGGGUUUACUCGGUUGGUACAUGGUGAAAAGUGGUUUGGAGGAGAAGAAGGAUUCACAUGACAUUCCCCGGGUCAGCCAGUAUCGCCUGGCUGCUCAUCUUGGAUCUGCACUGUUACUCUACUGUGCCAGCCUGUGGACUGGUCUGUCCCUGCUCCUGCCUCCGAACCAGAUACCCAACACUAGUCGAAUGAUGCUGUUGAGGAAAUUUGCUCGUGGAACUGGGGGCUUAGUGUUUGUUACAGCACUGUCAGGUGCGUUUGUUGCUGGGCUGGAUGCUGGGCUUGUCUAUAAUUCUUUCCCCAAGAUGGGAGAGCGUUGGUUGCCUGAUGACCUCUUAGCCUUUUCCCCAGCACUCCGAAACUUCUUUGAGAAUCCAACUACCGUUCAGUUUGACCACAGAAUCUUGGGUGUCGCCUCAGUGACUGCAGUGACCAUUCUCUAUGCGCUUUCCCGCAGGAUAGCUAUGCCACGGAGGACAAAAGUGGCAAUAUCAUCUUUAUUGGCAAUGGUUUACAUGCAGGCUGCUCUGGGAAUCACUACUCUGCUCCUCUAUGUCCCAACUCCUCUGGCUGUUACACACCAGUCAGGAUCUCUGGUGCUGCUCAGCCUAGCACUUUGGUUGAUUCAUGAGCUGCGCAGGAUUCCAAAGUGAAGAAAGAAGAGAGUUGAGCCUGGUCCCUAUCAGCACACAAGAUCCGAUUAGAAAUUCCUACAGCAAUAUUCAUGCACUUUUUGUUCUACAAAGUUUAUUUUCAAUGCCAAUGAUGGUUUGAAUUGUUUAUUUUUUACUCAAAUAUUGAGGAGUCGGUCUGGUAUUUGUCUGAGAUUCUCAUGUAAGCAGUGUUGGUCUGAUUGAGAGGCUGGUCUUUAUUUACCCUGGUGGAUAUUAACAGUGUAAUUAUUUCAAGUCUCAUCCCUGGCAGUUAUUCCCUUUUAAAUCCUUUCUGUAAUGAAAUACCCAAACUCCAGCUACACCCUUAAAUACAGUCCAUCUUCCUGGGUUUUGUAUUCUGUGCUUUCAGGGUGCACUUGUUGGGGUGUGGAGGGGAGAGAAGAUAUUAUUGAUGUUUGCCUCUUUAUUGUGAAACCGUUAACCAACACAUUUGUGUGAACUACUCAGUUGACCAGAAAUAAUAUGGAUGUAUGUUGCUGAACUAAUUAAUUUUAACCUAGGAAAUGUUAGUUACCAUUGAUUGGGCAUAAGCUUUAAUUCAGUUAUACUGUAUCAGUGCACAAUGACGAGUAUUACCUAUUUAAAUAUCAAUGCUUCCAAUCCAACCCAAACUGCUUCAUCAGCCCUCAUUGCUGGUGAUCUGUUCCCACCAGUAAAACACCCAGGUAUUAUGCAACUCAUCUGCAGACAAAAUGUAACUUAAUUACUAUGCACAGUUUUAGAAAUGUCACGCACCACAUUUUACAGAAAUCCAAGUCAUCUGAGGGUUAAUCACUCCAGUGCUGUUUUCAGAUGUUUCUGGUAUAUUAUGGAUAACCUAACAUUUCAAAAUCAAUAUUUCUUUCUGCAUUAAAAUUUUAUGUCCUGUAUGUUCUUUGCUGUGGACUUUUUCUAGGCUGUUUAUUUUGGUUUUCUGCUGUCAGCAACAGUUCCUCAGUAUUUCCAAAAGUAAGAUGCUGCAACUGUUGGUGAUCUAAAUUCUUGAAAGUGUUAGAAAUGCUCAGCCGGUUGGUGACAUCUGAUGAUGUGGGAGAAGAAUCAGAGCUCUCCAUAUUCAUUCUGUCUUAACCCUGUACCAUCUUUAAAACUUUAAAAUAUUGACUAAUUAGCAAUGCGCACCAUUGCUUUGUGGCAAAUGCCGUGCCUCAGACAUGAUUAAGGUUUAUAAACAAGGGACAGAUGAUUGAUGAAGGGAGGGGGGUAAAUGUUGUCCAUUUGGACUUUAGCAAGCUUUUGGCAAGGCCCCUCAUGGCUGGCUGAUGCACAGUUGAAAUCACAUGGGUUCUGCGGUGACCUGGUAAAAUGGAUAGCGAACUGACUUAGUCAUAGAAGACAAACAGUGUUGGUGGAAGGAUGCUUUUCAGAUUGGAGAUCUGUGAUCAGGGGGUCUUCUGCCGGGAUCAAUGCUGGGACCGCUGUUUGUAAUAUAUAUAAAUGAUUUGGAGGAGAAUGUAGGUAGUCUGACUAGUAAGUUUGCAGACUAAUCAAAGAUUGGUGUAUCUGUUGAUAGUGAGGAGGAUUGCCUGAGGGUACAGGAUAUAGAUAGGCUCGAUGCUUGGACGGUGAAGUGGCAGAUGGAGUUUACUCUAGACAAAUGCAAGGUGAUGUAUGUCAGGAGAUCUAAUGCGGGAAGGAAGUAGACAGUAAAUAGGAAAACCCUAAGCAUCAACGUAGAGAGGGAUCUUGGCGCAGAGGUUCACAGUUGCCUAAAGGUGGCAACACAAGUGAUAAGGUAGUCAUGAAGGGUGUUUGACCCACUUGUCUUAAUCACAUUUUGGGGCAUAGAGUAUUAAAAAUGGAUAAGUCAUGUUGCAGCUGUAUAGAACUUCAGUUAGGCCACAUUUAGAACGUUAUGUACAGUCCUGGUUGCCACAUGACCAGUGGAUAUGGAGCUUUGGAGAUGGUUGCCUGAUUUGGAGGGUAUAAGCGAAGAGGAGACAUUGGACAAACUUGGUUUGUUUUCACUUGAACAUCGAGAGAUGAAGGGUUGCACAAUUGAGAGGCAGCGAUAGUCAAUGUCUUUUUCCCAGGGUAGAAAUGUCAAUUACCAGAGAACAAAGAUUGAAGGUAAAAGGCAAUAAGUGUAAAGGAGAUGAGAGGUAAGUUUUUUUUUAAUGCAGAGGAUAGUAAGGAAUGCACAGCCAGAGAUGGUGGUGGAGGCAGAUACAGUAGCAAUGUUUAAGAGGCAUGUUAACACAUAUGAAUAGGCAAGGUAUAGGGGAAAAUGGACAGCAUAGAAGCAGAAGGUUUAGAAAGACAUGUAUCAGCACAGGCUUGAGAGGUCAAAAGGCCUGUUCCUGCACUGUAUUGAUUUUUCUUUAGUCAUCUCCCUUCCCCUUAACCUUCACAAAUUCAGUGACGAAAGGAACCAAAAUGCCUGCAUCACUGAUAAUAUUUGACACUAGCUUUUUCCUUUAUGGAAGUCUCCUAUUUAAUAACCUCCAAAUUAACACUCUUACUUAUGAAUGCGGUCUGACAAGGGUGUAAUUUUAAAGAUCUGAUCAUUAAAAUUUUCUGGAUUUAAGAAUGGCUAUUUUACGUUGUCCUGCAUUAUGUUCCAACUUGCAUAUAAAUUAACUUGCAAUUGCACUACAGAUCAGAACCUGCUUGCAAUCCAAGGACUGCUUGUAUUUUCAAAUCCUUUCUGUAAUGAAAGUACCCAAAACAGUAUGAAAUAUUUCAGCUUCACUCCUAAAUAUGUCUCCCUACUUUUCCAAUCUGUGCUUCCUGGUACAAAGUCAAGGACUCUGGUCGAUUUAUCCACUGCCAUGUUAAAUAAUGUGUGUUUGUGCAUUUAGGUCACAGCUUAAUAAAUUAAUAGUUUAUGGAAGGUGA